AUGUCCCGACUCACCCUAUCCUCUCUAGUCCUCCUCCUAUCGGCACCCCUGACCCUCGCUUGGGAAUCAACAUUCGACUACAUCGUCGUGGGAGGCGGCACCGCCGGCGCAACCCUCGCAGCGCGCCUCGCACAGGGCUCACAAUCCGUCGCGCUCAUCGAAGCAGGAACGCACUACGAAUCCAGCUGGGCACUCGCUGCGAUCCCGGGCGCCGAUGUCCUCCCCGUGGGCUCUGAUCCGAGCACACAACUCGAUGCGGAUUGGGGGUUUGUGACGACGCCGCAGACACAUGCUGCUGGGAGGGAGGUUCACUUUGCGAGGGGGAAGGGGUUGGGUGGGUCGUGA